AUGGAAGUCGCCGAGCUCCUCAAGAAAGGCUACCUAAGGGAGUUCCUCUCAGAUAAGGCCAAGAACCUUCUAAACAAGGAAGGUCCUGAUCUCCCUAUCGAAGCAGCUCCCGCAUUGCCACCACAACAAGACCGAGUGAUCCAUGUCAUCACAGGUGGAUCAGAGAUAAGCGGAAUUAGUAGUGCCUCUGCCAAGAGAAGUACUCGCAACGCCAGGAACGGUCAAGAGGCCGAGGGUCCUAAGCGCCUACUCCUCGGAACAGACGAGAUCAGCUUCACUGCAAGGGAGCAGGAGAAGGUCCUUGCUCCUCACCACGACGCUCUUGUCAUUUCACUUACCAUAGCAAACUGCUUGGUCAAGCGAAUACUAUUGGACAAUGGAAGUUCCAGCAACAUAAUCUUCCAUUCGGCCUUCGCCGACCUAGGGUUGGAACCCACGGCCCUAACUAGAAAGGCGACUCCCCUUGUGGGCUUCAUCGGAGAGGUCAAGCAAACCUUAGGAGAGGUUCUUCUCCCCGUGUACGCCAAGGGGAUAAACCAGGCCACAAAAUUCCUAGUCGUCGACUGCCCUUGA